CGCCCCCGGGAGACGCCUCCUCUCUAUACAGACCCCCCUUGCCGGGUCCCAGAGGUGCAAAGAAUUGCUGCAGGGUAGACAGCACCUUGGGCCGGUGAGGACUGCAGAGGGGACGGCACAGCAGAGGAGGAGGCUGCCGCUGGCUUGUGGAAAAUCCUGAAGAUGGCCAAAGAUGACUCCACCAUUCGCUGUGUCCAGGGUCUGCUGAUUUUUGGAAAUGUGAUUAUUGGUAUGUGUGGCAUCGCCCUGACUGCAGAGUGCAUCUUCUUUGUAUCUGAUCAACACAGCCUCUACCCACUGCUGGAAGCUACCGACAAUGAUGACAUCUAUGGGGCUGCCUGGAUCGGCAUGUUUGUUGGCAUCUGCCUGUUCUGUCUGUCUGUCCUAGGCAUUGUAGGCAUCAUGAAGUCCAACAGGAAAAUCCUUCUGGCGUAUUUCAUUCUGAUGUUUAUAGUGUAUGCCUUUGAGGUGGCAUCUUGUAUCACAGCAGCAACACAGAGAGACUUCUUCACGCCCAACCUCUUCCUGAAGCAGAUGCUAGAGAGGUACCAGAACAAUAGCCCUCCAAACAAUGAUGACCAGUGGAAAAACAACGGAGUCACCAAAACCUGGGACCGGCUCAUGCUCCAGGACAAUUGCUGUGGUGUGAAUGGUCCAUCAGACUGGCAGAGAUACACGUCUGCCUUCCGUACAGAGAACAAUGAUGCCGACUACCCGUGGCCCCGUCAGUGCUGUGUUAUGAACAAUCUCAAAGAGCCUCUCAACCUAGACGCUUGCAAACUAGGAGUGCCUGGUUACUACCACAAUCAGGGCUGCUAUGACCUAAUCUCUGGACCAAUGAACCGGCAUGCCUGGGGGGUCGCCUGGUUCGGAUUUGCCAUUCUCUGCUGGACCUUUUGGGUUGUCCUGGGUACCAUGUUCUUCUGGAGCAGAAUUGAAUAUUAAGCAUAGAAUGUUGCCACCUUACCUCCUAAUGACCCUGGAUUUGGUACUGGAACCCGCUCACUCCUGGUAUCCUGCAUUUGUUCUCCACAGUAGCACACACAAGUCCUGCUCAAAUCGCCAGGUCACGGGGUGUGGAGUUCCUUUCAGGCGUCCUCAAACUGCGACCACAUGAAGCAGUGUGAAUUGUAUUUGUUCCCGUUUUCUUACUUCAAAAUAAGAUAUGUGCAGUGUGCAUAGGAAUUUGUUCAUAGUUGUUUUUUUUUUAAACUAUAGUCCGGUCCUCCACUGGUCUGAGGGACAGUGAAUUGUCCCAAUUUAAAAAGUUUGAGGACGCCUGCUUCAGCCUCUUGAGCUCCACAGAUUCUCAUGACUAGUACUUUUCAUCUUGGUCCAGAGUUCUGUAACAUUUUUAUAGACUGUAGGAAGGAGAGGAUUUGAAAGCAAAUAAUAACUACUCCCAUCUCUGCUUAUUUUUAAUUUGGGAAUAGGAAGACUUGAAAGAAACGGUGUUAUCACAAUAAGCCAAGACUGUAUUUCAAUAACACAUCUGCCUAUAUUUCUCAUUGUUUUCUAAAAAAACCUUCCAGGCAUUCCCUUUAUUUCAGUGUUGUUGGGGGAAGGAGGAAGCAAGAGAAAAGUUGCUGAAAUACAUCCUUUGCAUUCGACAGUGGCUUCCAUCUUCAGAGACUGGGGUGACUUUCCUGAUGCUACCUUCAUAUCCUUUUAUUCUCCAGUACAAACUUUCAUCUUAACAGUGAUUCAGAUUUCCUCUCUACCUUCCAGACUGAUGUGUGCAUAGUAGCCUCAAUUCUCCAUUAAUUAAAAGUGAGAGUACUUUUGAAGACAAAGGAGCUUGUUGUAUAUUUUCUCAGUCCUUGCCCUGAACAGUCUCAACUUGAAACACCUUCCAAAUGGGCAAGAAGGAGGCCUGUCAAUAGAAUGGGGUAUCUACGAGAAUUUUUGUUUACUGUCAAAAUAUUUCUCUUCUGAACUAUGUUUCCAUUUGUAGCCCUGAAGGAAGUUCUUCUAACUCAAUAUUUGUCUAUUCUAAUAAAUAAAGAAGGCUUUAGUGUCU